GAAACAGCAAAACAUAGUUUGUUACCGGUUUUGUGAAACCUUUGAAUAUUAUAUUUGCUCCACUACCAGCAGGGAACAGUGAGGACGCUCUUUAAAUAAUUAAUUCUGCAUUGGUCUUCAUUAGGAAACCUUUGCUGUUAUUUGGCUGCUGGUUUUCUGCAAAAUGAGCUGCAACAGUGAGCACAGUCACCGCCUUAGAAAAUAUAAUGAUUUACCUGUCUGGGUGGUAGAAGAUCAUCACGAUGUCCUGCCUUUUAUCUAUCGUGCCAUUGGAUCUAGACAUCUGCCUGGUAGUAACAUUAGCUUUAUUCAUUUUGAUUCCCACCCGGAUCUCCUCAUACCAGUGAAUAUGCCUGCAGAUACUGUGUUUGACAAAGAAGCCUUAUUUAGUGAGUUAAGCAUUGAGAACUGGAUCAUUCCUGUGGUGUACGCUGGGCAUUUUUCUCAGGUAGUCUGGAUUCAUCCAUUCUGGGCCCAGCAGAUUAAAGAGGGACGGCAUUCCUUCUUGGUAGGCAAGGAUAAGUCAACCACUACCAUAAGGGUCACAAGCACUGAUGAUUAUUUUCUAAGUGAUGGACUUUACGUCUCUGAAGAACAACUUGAGAACCCCAAGCCACUUCAGUUAGAUGUAAUGCUCUUGAAUCCUGUGAAUCACCCUGGCUGUGAAGAUGAAGAAAAAGGUGAAUCUGUAGCUAAAAAGCUAAAGCUUACAGAAAGUGAAGUAUCAUCAGAAUAUCCCUUGUCUUCUUCUUCUUCUAAAGGAUUUGCUUUUUCCAUCUGUGAAGGGGCAGAUGGAGACAUAAGGAAGGGGACUUGUUCCAAUGACAACAUGGAAACCUGCAGGGAUGCAACCAAUAUAUUGUCACUCAACUCCAAGCUUGCUAAUCACAUUCUGCAACUGCUGGAGCAAGGGGAGGCUUAUGUUCUUGAUGUAGAUUUAGACUUCUUUUCAGUCAAGAAUCCCUUUAAAGAGAUGUAUACCCAGGAUGAAUACAAAAUAUUGCAAGAGCUCUACAGUUUCAAAAAGCCAAAUUCUGAUUCUUUGGAGGAUGCCCUGGUUGAUUGCGUAGAGAACCGUAUACGACAACUUGAGGACCUUGAAGCAGCAUUUGCAGAUUUCUGUGAGGAUGAUGGUGAGGAGACUGUGCAAAGAUGGGCUUCUAAUCCUGGAAUGAACUCUCUUACCCAGCUUGUACAAAGCUUAAAAAGUCGAAUGGGAGCUCCAGAUUAUGAAAUGAUCCACCAGGCUGGUCUUACAUGCGAUUACGCUGAGCUUCCACAUCAUGUCAGCACAGAGAUGGAGAUAGAAGGUUUUGUCCAAUCUAUGAAACAUUUAUUGAAGCACCUGCCAAAACCAACUCUUGUCACAAUAGCUAGGUCCAGCCUUGACGACUAUUGUCCUUCUGAACAAGUUGAUAUCAUUCAAGAAAAGGUUCUAGAUGUUCUUCGUUCCCUUUAUGGAACACUAGAUGUUCACUUAGAAUUUUCUCCUGGAUCAUCAUCUGUUUAAUAUGAAGCUGGUGAUGGAUUUUCUAUACUUACAUAAUGAGCCUUAUUUAGGUUUUUGUUUUUUUUCUUUAGGCUAUAGUCUGUUUGAAGCACUUAACUUACUGAGUAAUGAUAUUUAGGAUUUACAGUCCUGUAAAUCUUCUUUAGAAAUAACUACUACAUGUUAAAUGCCAAGUUUUAAAACAUUCUUAAUUAAACACACACAAAAAAUUUAGUGGUUAUUCUAUCUUCUAGAGUUAAUGUAUAUUUAUGGUAAAGGGACAUUAAACUCUAAAGAAUUUU